AUAUUGCUUGUUCACAGAGUGGCCUGGUAUAAGAAAAAAAAAACUUUUUAGCUUGUUGAUCCCUUAGCAGGCAAGAGUAUCAGAGACACACCAAAAAAGUGACUUGUGAAUUGAGCCCAAAAUGAGAGUUCUCAACGUCUUCGGCUUCAUCUUGUUUUCCUUGAAUUGUGCCCAAUGUCAAGAAUGUCUUCAAAAGGACAUUACAUUUGAAAACAAAGAACCAGUUUUGAAAGCUUCAUACAAUGAUGGUGAAACAGUGAAAGUGAACUGCAUGACAGGUUAUACUGGCAUGUAUAAAUUAAAGUGUGAACAAGGAGAAUGGAAGACAGUCGUAGAGCGACCAUGUGCAAAGAAAAAAUGUAGUCAUCCAGGGGACACAGCAAAUGGUGAUUUUAAACUUAAAGAGGGGUCGGAGUUUGUUUUUGGAGCAACAGUGUUGUAUACUUGCAAGAAAGGGUUUGAAAUGACAAGCAGAAUCAAUCUGCGUACCUGCAGAGCUAAAGGAUGGGAUAAUACUCUCCCUGUCUGUGAGGCUGUGAAAUGUCCAGCCAUUCACACAGAUGGAGGUGUGACUGCAUCGGGCAACACAGACAUGGGAAGUUAUGGUGAUGUUAUUCACUUUGAGUGUGUAUCUUCUGACAAAAAGAUAGAUGGAAGUAGUGAAAUUCACUGCAAAGAGACGGGCGAAUGGAGUGACACUGUUCCAACGUGCAAAGAGAUAACAUGCAAAGCACCUGUUAUACUAAAUGGUCAUGUUGAAGAGAAAACGAAAGAAUACCAGAAAGAUGCCAUAUUAAAAUAUGGAUGUUCUGAAGGGUUCAAGAUAAGAGAGGGAAUUCCCAGAUGCUCUAAAUUUGGCUGGACUCUGAAGCCAGAAUGUGAUGAGGUAACUUGUGAGCUUAAGCCAACCACAUUUGGAGUUAAAAACAUCACACCAGAGGGUAAAACUGUGUUCAGAGCUGGAGAAAGAGUGGAGAUUACCUGUGCUGAAAAAUACUGGAUUUUUUUUACAAAAGAAAUCACCAAAUCAUUUAAAUGCCAAGAUGAUGGGAAGUGGGAUUAUAAGCCAGCUUGUCAGGAUAUUAGAUGUGAAGUUCCAUAUGACCAGCAUGUGUUUAGCCCACGCUAUUACUUCAGUGGAGAUAUGAAAUUUGGAGCAAAACAUGAUUACGCUUGCAUGUCUGGUUAUGAUCAAAUGGCAGCAGAGGCCACAUGCACACGAGACGGAUGGACACCAAAACCCCUGUGUGUUGUAAAAACGUGUGCAGCACCAGACAUCGCAAAUGCAAAGAUUGUUGGAAAACAGAGAUCAAAAUACAACAUCAAUUCAAGAAUACAAUAUAAGUGUGAUCCUGGGUUUAACCCAGAGCAGCCUGUACACAUCACCUGUAAUGCCCAGACUGAAUGGACAGGCAUACUGCAAUGCACUGAAAACUGUGGGCCACCACCAAAUGUCGACUUUGCAGAUACAACAGAAAUGUCAAAAAAUGAAUACAAUUCAGGGGAUAAAGUUGAAUACAGCUGCUUUGAUAAAUACACACUGGAUCAACAACACCCCUACUCCAAAUACCUGACCUGUGAACAAGGGCAAUGGGCAGGGCAUAUUAGGUGUUUAAAGCCCUGUUCAGUGACGGUGAAGGAAAUGAAUAAAAGAGGUAUACAGCUGAAAUGGGGUAAACAGAGAGAUAUGCUGUCACCACAUAAGGAUAAAAUCAAGUUUGUAUGUCAGAGAGGAAAAUAUCUAAUAGUCAAUGAACUAAGACAAACAUGUAUUGAUGGAGUGAUGGAUUUGCCUGAGUGUGUGUAAGCACAAGGAGAAUAAAAUAUCACUGAUGUAUCACCUGUACUAAUAAGGCUUUCCCCCCCCCCCAAAUCUGUUUAUCUGUUUUAGAAUUUUUGCAAUUAGAACUUAAUAAAUGAUAAAAGCAAAGUUUAAAUUGCAUGCAUGAAGACAAUGUUAACUUUUUUAAAUGCCAGCUAAAUGCAAAAAGCCUGUAAGACAGAGAGAAAGAGAAAGUUGCAAAUAGUUAUCAUUUUUUCUAUUACGCUGUCAUGAUUCCUGUCUUGUGUGGACUUGUGUUAUUUCCUCUGUGCCAUGUUUUGUUGUCUUUUAUAGUUUUCUUGUUGAUUAGCUCCCGAUUCCCAGGUGUGUCUGGUUUGCCAAUAUAUCUAUACCCCAAUGUUUCUCAUCUUCUUUGUCUGGUGUUGUCCUUCUAUGGAUGUUAUGUGUGCACUUGCCAGUUUUGUUUGCCUUCUUUGCACACGUCUGCAUUUAUCAGUUUUGCCUGGAUUUACUUUUGUUAUGUUUGUUUGAAUAAAUGUUUGCUGCAGCUGGA